AGUGCCAGGAACAUUUCUACAUCAAAAGAAUCUGCAGCAGGCAACAUGUCGGACGACGACCAGGAUUUCCUGGAAUCUCUGGAGAAAGAGGCAUCCGAGUUUAACAAGGAUGUCGAGAUCGACCGCAUUCGCAAGGCAUUCAGCCUCGAUUCCUACGCCGUCCUGGACCUCCAACCCGGUGUUACAGAAAAAGACAUCAAAGUCCAAUACCGCAAGAUCUCACUCCUGAUUCACCCCGACAAGACCAAGAACCCCGCUGCUCCGGAUGCCUUCGAUCGACUCAAAAAGGCACAGACUGCUCUUCUGGACGAGAAGCAACGCGAAUACCUGGACGAAUGUAUCUCCGAUGCGCGCCGCCUGUUGAUCCGCGAACACAAGUACACACUCGACUCCCCCGAGCUGAAGACCGAAGAGUUUAAGGUCGAGUGGCGGAAGAAGACGGUUCAAGUGCUCUUGGAAGAAGAAGCGCGACGCCGGCGACAGCUCAAGGCGCGCUUGCAGGAGGAAGGUCGUGAGCAACGCAAGGAAGAGGAAGAGCUUGAGGCACGCAAGCGGAAGCGCGAUAAUGACAAGAAGUGGGAGGAUACGCGCGAAGAGCGCAUUGGUAGCUGGCGGGAUUUCCAGAAGGGGCGCAAACCUGGUGGUGAUGAGAAGAAGAAAAAGAAGAAGAUGAAGGUGUUGGGCUGAUUUGACUUACUUUUUUUUUCUUCUGAGCGUUACUGGCGUUUGGGGAUCUACUUACAUGAAUUGCUACGGCCACGGCUGC